AUUCAGUGCGAGCACACAAGUUCUCUCGUUCCCGAGCGUGGCUGUGAUGUUGCUUUGGGCACAACCGAGUAGAAUUACAAGGAAGCCUUUUGAAAUCUACUAGCUAACCAGUUCGUGUACGUUUGCAACGCAGUGGCCAUUUGAAGUAGCUUAGUCGUCACCUCGUCUACAUUGUUAACCUGCUAGCCACUAAAUAAAAGUCUCAAUUAUUGUGCCGUCAAUUUUGCAUUUACUUUAUGAUACGACUCAAUCCAAACCAUUUCCAGCAACAGAGGCACCGAGUUGUUGAAAAGUUAACAUCGUUCGCCUCGGAUGGAGAACUACAGUAAGGUUCGCAGUGUGGAGCAUCCGUCCGUAUGUCCGUUCAACCCUGCCGCCGACACACCGGAGGUGCGCGUCAAAGACGGCAGCAAGAUCCGCAACCUGCUGCGCUACGCCCUAAGCCGCAUGGAGGCCAAACCCCGGGCGGAGAAGGGCGGAGGAGCUGAAGGUGAGGUCGACGAGGGUCCGCCGGCCCGUCCCCUCUGCCGCCAGCUGGUGUUCACGGCGAGCGGCAAGGGCGUGUCGAAAGCCAUCACUUGCGCUGAGCUGAUGAAGCGGCGCGUCCGCGGCCUCCAUCAGCUCACCUCGCUGGCCAGCGCCAUGCUGACGGACGUGUGGGAGCCCCUGGAGGUGGCCGUCGGCCUCGACAGCCUCACCGUCAGCAGGAAGCUGCCUGUCAUCUGGAUCCUCCUCUCCAAGGACCCUCUGGACCAAAGCCUUCCCGGGUACCAGGCCCCCGGACGCUGCGACAACCUUUGGACUCUCUAUGAAAAAGAGGAGGGGGGAGCACACAAGAGGAAGAGAGGUGGGGGCGGGGGUGGCAGAGGAAGGGGCGGAGGGCGUCACACAGGACGUUCCCGAGACUUCAAAGCACCCAGUUGAUGAUAAAAAUAAAAAAUAAAACAGCAAAAAGGGUGGAAAUUUUCCAUGGGAAGUAAAGUUUGGGAAUUCUGGGGAUUACUGUGGUACCUUGACUUAAACUUAGCCCAACUUAGCAGUUGUUUGAGCUGUGAGCAGUGGUUUGGUGUGUUUCUUUUUGAGGGGUGGGGGGGCAAAAUUAGACUUACAAGUGAGCUUCAGUCAGUCCGCCCCUAGAUGGUGACAGCGAACUAGUCAAAAUCCUGCCACCAUCACUUUGUCAUUGAAUAGUGCAGCUAAUACAAAAUUGGGUUGCAACUCUUAGUUUGUGUUAUCAAGAAUAUAAAUACUUAUUAGACAGGCCAAAGUUGCACUAAUUGAAAAGUAGUGCAUUGCUGUCGUCUUGUGGCAUCUACUCCUAUAGGCAAUUAUCAACCUUUUUAGAAAGGGUGUCAGUUACUCGCAGAUCUUCGCUAUUUGAGGCAGAGUCCAGUCCCUAAAAUGUGUAUUCAUUGCAGUGACCGCACAAACACUAUAGGAGAAAUUCUUUAAAACAUUUGAGUGGAAAAUAGAAAUGCAUAGUUAUUUUAAAAAUGUCUUACACCUCCCAUCAGACUGGAAACGCAGCGUUUCGUGACAGUCAUGGUAACAUCAUGUGACUCGUUACCAUCUCUUGUUACUGUUGCGACUUGGCUUUGAUUUGUGGUUCCAUUACAGUGUGAUUACUUUUAAGUGUAUAUUGGUCAAUUAUGUUUACAGCGACCCUUGUGAGGAUAAGCGGCUCAGAAAAUGGAUAGAUGGAUGGAUGUAUUACAUGUGAAUACAUAUUUCUUAGUGUGACCCCGUAACCACUGCUAAAGCAAAGCAAAGCAAAUGUAUUUAUAUAGCGCAUUUCAUACACAAUGUAACUCAGUGUGCUUUACAUGAUUAAAAACAUUUUAAAAACAAAGAAAAAAACAGCUUAUAAACAUUUAAAACAAAGAGAACAAAUAAAAAUUCAAUUAAAUCAG